CUCGACGUCGCUCUCUGGCAUCCAAAAUGUACAAAGAAAAAACCAGCGGCGAAGGCAACCAGAGGCUCCGCCGUCAUGGCUGGUGACGGUCCGUGAUACUCGCCCAAAUUGGGGUGCCCACUAUGACCACACCGACGUAAAGGUUGGCAUAUGCGUACCCCCUCUUUAAGCCCAGCGGCAUUUUUCAUUUUUUCUGAAGAGCCCUCCACAUAAACAGCAGGGACUUUCAGCAGAUUUAAGAGAUGGGCAAAACUGUAGACAUGGCCAGGUCAGCGAAAUCAGAAUCCGUCAAAGUCGUCGUCAGGUGUCGGCCACUUAGUGAGCAGGAAAUUGCUGAUGGCCAUGAAAGAAUUGUUGACUUGUACCCGGACACCGGCAUCGUGACUAUACGAAAUCCGAAAGCUGGAGAUGCCGAUUCAGUGAAGCAAUACACUUUUGAUGCGGUCUACGACUGCAAUUCGAAACAGAUGGAUCUCUACGACGAGACAUUCAGGCCUUUAGUUGACUCUGUGCUCCUGGGAUUCAAUGGCACCAUUUUUGCAUACGGCCAGACUGGCACUGGGAAAACUUACACUAUGGAAGGAAUUCAUAACAACCCCGAGUGCCGAGGUGUCAUUCCCAAUUCUUUUGAGCACAUCUUCAGCCAUAUUGCAAGAUCUCAUAACCAGCAGUACCUUGUGAGGACCUCAUAUCUUGAGAUUUAUCAGGAGGAGAUCAGAGACUUGAUCUCAAAGGACCAGUCAAAGCGGUUAGAGCUGAAAGAGAGGCCCGACACUGGAGUUUACGUUAAGGACUUGUCCUCGUUUGUGUGCAAGAGCAUCAAGGAGAUUGAGCACGUCAUGGCAGUUGGAAACCAGAACCGAUCCGUAGGGGCUACAAACAUGAACUUACACAGUUCAAGAUCGCACGCUAUAUUCAUAAUCACGGUGGAGCACAGUGACCUCGGACCAGAUGGCAAACAUCACAUCCGUGUGGGGAAACUGAAUCUCGUUGACUUGGCUGGCAGUGAGAGACAAGCCAAGACAGGAACGUCUGGCGAUCGGCAGAAAGAAGCCAUCAAGAUCAACCUCUCACUUUCUGCACUGGGAAAUGUCAUAUCAGCACUAGUGGAUGGCAAAAGUUCCCACGUGCCUUACAGGGACUCCAAACUUACGCGGCUACUACAAGACUCCCUCGGGGGAAAUGCGAAAACUAUCAUGGUCGCCAACAUUGGCCCAGCCAGCUAUAACUACGAGGAGACCCUGACGACGCUAAGGUAUGCCAACCGGGCGAAGAACAUCCGGAACAGGCCGCGUGUGAAUGAGGACCCGAAGGACGCACUGCUAAGAGAAUUCCAGCAGGAGAUAUCAAGGUUGAAGGCCCAACUGGCAGCUAGAGACACCAAAAAGAAGAAGAAACGACCCUCGUCCAAGGAGGUAUCGCCAGGAGUGGAUGAAUUGGCUGACGGUGAUGCAGACGACGAUCGUGCCGCUUCACCAUUGUCCCUGCAGCUGACGCUCGAUGAGGAAAGAGUGGCCAUCAUGAACGACCACAGUCUCAUAGCAGAGGAGCGAGAACGCUUGCUGGGCGAGGUGCAGAAGAGGCAGGAGCAGCUUCUACGGGAGCAGGAGGCAGCCGACAAGCUGGCCCUGAAGGUGCGCGCCAUGGAGAGUAAGCUCCUCUCGGGCGACAAGAAUAUUGUUGACCACACUAACGAGCAGCAGCGCGCCCUCGAACAGCGACGCCAAGAGAUUGCCGAGCAGAAGCGGCUUGAACGGGAGAUGCUGCAACAGCUUGAGAUGCAAGAGGAAGGCACCUCGGAGAUAAAAGAGACAUACACAUCGCUCCAGCAGGAGGUAGACAUCAAGACCAAGAAGCUCAGAAAGCUGUUUGCAAAGCUGCAGUCAGUGAAGACCGAAAUUCAGGACCUCCAGGAGGAACACUCGAAGGACCGGCGUCAGCUCGAGCAGACUCAAAACUUGCUCACCAAGGAACUCAAACUCAAGUACCUCAUCAUAGAAAACUUCAUCCCACCUGAAGAGAAAGUAAAAAUUCUUUCACGAGUUGUCUACGAUGAAGAUGAAGAUCAGUGGUCCUUGUUGCCACUAUCUGAAGUUCCUGGGGCUAUGGAACCACUGAGGCCACCUUCGGCCAAGUCGAGCCUCAAGUCAAAGGGUGAGCCCAUCCUACAGGUGGAACUGGACAUGCCCGUGAGAACAACGCGAGACUACAAUGCCCCCGCAUUGUCACCACAUCUCAAGGCUGUCCUGGACGAUGCGCUGAAGGAAGAGGAGGACCUUGACAUAGAUGCCAGUCUAAGCAUCUUUCAACUGCACGGCGAACCGAGACAAUACCGGAGAGAGAAAAGUCAUCGCUCUAGGUCAAAAUCAGCACGCCAUCGCCUUCAACAGCAGCCGUUAGAGUUGGCUUCUGAGGCCUCGUCGUCGUCGACGGCGAGCAGCUGCUACCCGGAGUCAAGAGGGCUAGUGCCCAAGUGAAUGUCAGAGCCCCUACAGGAUCCACAGAAGACGGCCACUUUCCUACUGCUAGUGCAACUCCUGCUCUUCUUUGCUGCUUGCCUAGAGUGCUCGCUGCGUAGAUGAAACUGCAAUGUCGUGACAGCGGAACUCGUCACGGCUUAGCAUGCAUUGUGACAGAAGAACCUGUCACGGCUUAGCAUGCGUCGAAGGGAGUGCGAAACUAGUUGCCAUACGAUGACAUGAAGCACCGAGGCAAAGGUCCAUGUAUCCAGCUUUCGAUCAUAGAAACCAAGCUGCAGCUAGUUUCCAGAUGCGAGCAAACUAGCCUGUAUCAAAGAUCAACAAAGUUUUUUUUUUUUUCCUAGGGAAAUGUAAGAGUGAGACGGCUAAAACUUCCACGUUGAAGCUAGAGCACAUAGGGACGCUGUGCAAAUUACAGAGGCAGCACAGUAAAUUUUUUUUAGAAAAGCUACCACCACGAAAUGCAGAUUUGCGAGAAUAAAUAAUUGUCAAACUGCAGACACUUCACGUUUUCGUCACGAGCGUGAUGAAAGCGCUGCACUUGUGACGCAGUUACCUACUACAGAGGCAGCAACGUGAGGUGUCACACCAUGAGCGUUUUCUGCAUGUCUCUUGUGCAGCAGUGUUUACUUGGUCAGUUUCAGAAAUAAGGAUGCAAAAUUGUAGAAGACAUUUUAUAUAAAUCUGCAUAAUGAGGCCAUAAAGAGACAUGUUCCCACUAACAAAAAACCACUCUUUGUACUAAAGAUAUAGUCAUGUUGCAUUAUGUUUUGAUCUGUGGCAUUGCUGUCAAAACCCCAUUAGGUAAAGUGCCAGCAAGACACACCUCUGUGACUGGGCACGCGGUACAUUGUUUUCUGUCUUCAUUGAAAAGAUUUUUCUGAAAUGUUUGCUUGGUGCACGACAUUAGUUGUGAGAAAAAGGCGUGCACUAAAACGGUGAUCUGCAUUGCGGUCGAAACAUUCCAGAGUUACAAGCGUGCUAUGGUUUUGUGACACCAGCAAAAGCCUAUUGCACAAAACCUUUGUGUGCGGCAUUUUUUUAUCGGAAUUCCCAUUAAGAGGUGGUGAUGUAUACAGCUACCAGUGUGGUCUUUUGUGUGUGUUUUAAGUGUGUAAGCAUUAAUGUACAGAUUACUGCUGUUCUUUUCUAAAAGGAGAAGGUACUGCGUAUUUCUUAAAAAAGAAAAAAAGUCUUUAUAUUAAGAGAUUUUCUAUAUUGAUCCAGUAUAAUGCAUUCCGCAGUUCAGUGCCUCGCUGUGUUUAGUGAUGCAAGUCGUGAUUUAACUGUGCUGUUUGAUGCCUGAUGGUAAUAUUGACCAGGCCAUGCGUCUGUGGUGUGAAUGUUGACGAGCAAAAGUUUUGGAUCACUAGCGCUCACUUUCUGCAUGAACUCAUCGGGUGCAAGCAAAACUAAUUUAUAAAAGACGCCACGUUGCGUGUAUUCAGUUGCCUGGGUGCACAAAACAUGGCCAUUCACAUUGCCAGCGACAGUCCACAGUCCCCUAUCUUUUGACAGAACCCAUUCCGUUUAUUCACUGCAUGUUAUAGUAGGAAUACCCUCUUCUCCGUGUAUAGUGUAAAUGCAAGCUCUAGCUUGAGAUUUGUGAUGGUUAAUUAAGCAGCUGGUGUUUGUACUUACAGCAGCAUGCUGCAUUGUGUACUGCUAAUCUUGUGCAAGCGUACCGUGUUCUUGAGAAUUCUGCUAUGCUUAAGGGAGAGUUUGAAGAAAGGUGAAAGUAACAACAUAUUUGACUUCAAAGAAAAAAAAAAGAACUUUUAUUGAACUUGUAGGAGCACAGGCUUUCUAAGGCUGGUUUAGGCUUCGCUUUGGUACUGCUCAUAUCAAUUUUUCUUCUGCGGCGAAGCUUGAGCUGUGAUAAGCAGCUGCCAAAGGCAAGAGAUAAGCAUGUUAUAUGUAGAGCUAGGUAGCAGUUACUAGAAGUAUGUGCAUGCCUCAAUGAUGGUUCUCGUAGCCACUUUCCAGCACUGCACUUGGUUUAAGUGCUUAACAAACCAUGCUCAGAUUUACCCCUUGUAGAAAAAAGUGAUGCAUAAUGAACGGGACCCAUGAAGGUAGGCAAAAGGACGUUCAAAUUUACACUUAUCUGCCAAAUUUUACAGACAACAGGAUCUGAGAAAAUGUUGAAUUUCCAAACAGCUUGUGGCUGUAACCAGUAAAAUCGUGUAACACCAUGGCAAAACGGUAACUGUCCCUUAAGUGCAAUAAUGUGAUGCUGGUGAUAUACUAGCACAGGCUGGAAAUCCAGACACCAGGCCAUGUAUCGAGGCUGCGGAGAUUAUCAGCUUUUCACUCCAGUCUCGUGACCCAUGAACUUUUGUAGUUGACUGUACAACUACUGUGCUGUGCUUCCUGUCUGACUUCUCUUUUCCCACAUCAACCAAACCUCUACAUUUGAAGCCAAAGGCUCUCUGCAGCCUCGCCAUACGUCUGGGCAUGCCUGACUGGACUUUAUACUUUUUUUUUUUACACUGUCGCAGGCAGUUGAAAAGUGAUCGAUUGGAAAUCCAGGUUAGUGUGGAAUCGAGAAUGUAUGCUUGUCUCGGCUUUAAUCACCAAUUGAUGGUUGCCCCAACUGAUCUAAACGAUCGCCAAUCUUUUAAAGAGCAAGGGGAAAGAACGCUCCAAUGUAGAUCAUAGUGCAAUGCCCGCUUAUCCGAAUGUCAUCAUAUUUUGUUUGCCUACACUAGUUGGCCCUGUCUAUUAGCCCACUUUUUUCUAUGCCCGAAACUAACUUUAGCAACGAUGAGGCCAAGAGUCGUAGUUGGUUACGUAACGUGGCUCUUUAUUGUGAGUGUGUGUGUAAGCAGCACACUGUAAAAUUAAGGUUGGAAACAAGUGUUUACCAAUUGUUUUUUUGUUUGUGUUGGACAAAAGACAUUGCGUGCGCAUAGCUGUCUUGUAGCAGGCGCCGAUUACCUACCGAGAAGAAGCUUGGUCGCACCACACACUCGUCCUUUUGCCACGAGCGAGACUCGGAGAUAACAAAUUGCACGUGCGACCACUUGCACAAGUGUACCACAUUAAAUGCAUCCCAGCGUUGGCAGCUUAUGAGAAGUGUACCUCGUACGCACUGCAACAGCCCAGCCAUUUAGCUGCUGAGAGCAAAGGCACAGUUUCCAUUCCCAGCUGCAUUGUAAUUGAGGUGGAAUGCAAGAACUGCAGAACGAUAGCGUACUUAUACUUAGGUGUGUGUUCAAGAGCCCUGGUAGCGUACUUUUAGUGCCUUUUUCUUUUUUAGUUCUUUUCACCUUCCUUUGCAAGACUGAAUGCAGCUGUGCUGUUGCCGCUUGGAUCGACCAUUUGGCAUGAUGGAUGACGACAAAGGCAGUGGAAUCGGGAAAACAAUACGAACAAGAUAUGGCUCUUUGAUAGCAAAAAUUAAUAUGGGGCAUUGUGGGGCAAUGCCAAACAAACGUUAUGGUGUUUCUCAAAGCCCAGGCAUAGCUAUCAAAUGUGUAACUUCAUUGACUAUAAUAUUAUUAAUUAAAGGCAACUUUCAUCACUUCACAUUUUUGCCAGCAGUGCUUGAACAAGUAUAUUGCAGUCUUUACUCAUUUCCGUUAGCAUCCACCCUUCAGGAUUCAGACAUGCAUUCCAUUCAGCGGUAGCAGUUGAGGGCUUACUGUCAGUGGAGCUACAGUAUGAGUCAGCAUUAAACACUAAAGGCAACGAUUAAGUCAAGCUAAAUUGAUUGGCUAGUUCUCCAAGAUGUCAAAGCACUUUUAGUGAGAGCGCAGUCUUAUAAAAUGUGCAGAAAUAAAAAAAAAUCGUAAACAAUUGGCAGUACUGGUGCCGCCACUAUGAAUAUGCAAAAUAAUCUGGCUAAAGACAUCUUAUGCAUCAUUUAAAUCUGGUAAAUGGUAGUCAACCACUGAUGACAAAGUGACAGUUGCUUUUUGAACACACGAAAUAACUCUGCCAGUGGUGUCCACAUUGCAUUCUCCAGUGACAGCUCUCUCAUAGUAGCGAAACUCAAUCUCGAAGGCUGUGCUUUUGCAUACUUCAGCUGCCAGAAGUAACAUCGUGACUGCCACCCUAUGUAGGGCUCUCCUACUCAAAGCGGCUAGUAGUGCCUGCCGGAGCACAGCCUCAGAGAUUGUUGGUGCAUUGUGGAAUACCUCAACUGUGCCAACGCGUCUGGUACACGUCCUUCUGCUUUCUCUGGCAAAUUAAAUUGAGCGAGACAUGUGCCGUUUUCAAAAGCAGUUUUUCACAGCGUUUUAACUGAUCCCUUGGUGCAGACGUAACACUCAAGGAUUGACAGCACCACAAUCUGCAAGUUUAGCUUGACUUGACAUCUGUGCCGUUAGUGAUCGUUGAAGAAAAUGAAGGACUGCAGUGUCUUCGUUAGCACUAUGCAAGUUUAAAUAUGGACGGCGAGCAACUAGCCCCACUUUCUAGCUUUAGAAAAUGACUUGCAACACUCUUAAGAAACUAACCCUAAUGGCAGUGAUGUUUUGUGUGAUAAUGUGAGCUCAGGAACGUCGACAGUUUAUGCAGGCCAUUUUAAUUUUGGUCUCUCGGUGCCACUGUAUUGAAAAUGCUGGGUUGUUUGUAUGAAUUAGUGUGAACGUUGUGCAGUGCUGCCACAUUUAGCACUGCAUAUACAUACUGAUGUGUUGCUGAAGGGAUCUGUGGGCAUGGCCACGUUAACGUUUGCAGAUUCGCUGCAAGACCCAUGUGUAAAUGCUGCAGAUAGAAAUCUGCAUUAAAGGGAAACUGAAGACACUUUCCAACGUUCCUAGCUUAACAUGCUAUAAUGAUAUGAAACAGACUCUAGUUGUUUAUCACACCACCAGUUGCCCUGUAUCUAGCUUUAAAAUAUGUGCUGCCACCCCACCCUGCUCAUUUAGUCCGCACCCUCCGUAUUUCGCUGCAAACAGAAACUCCCGUCUAUGAUCGGCUAACAAGCUUUGUCGUGAUACACCUGUAAGGUCACCGUUAUUUCAGUGUAGUUAACAAAGUUUCAGAAACUGGGUAUGGGAUUUGAUUCAACUUCGUCACCGUGAGCUCGAGGAUGAAGGCCCUGCCCAGAAAUGUCGAGCUGCAUCAUGCGACUCCAUCCUACACCUUUCAAUUUCCUAAUCUUGUCGUGCCACCCAUUUCUUUGUCACCUUCGACUACAUCUCCUUUCCUCUCCUCCAGCAUACGAUCUGUUACAGAAACGAGUUCUCUUAAUGGAGCAUAGUUUUCUUUUCCAUCUAUGCCAUUAUGUGACCUGCCCAAAUCCACUUCUUAGUAUCAACUAAUUUGAGCCUUCAUCCAUGCUGUUGUUACCUCUCAGUGUCAUGUCUAUCGUUUUCCUUUGUAUCGCUCGUUGGAUGGCCCUCGGCUUCCUUGUUAUCCUUCCGCUUUCUCUGCUAGUUGUUGCCACGUGGGGUGUAGACGAAAAAUAGCGGCGGGCCAAAAGCUUUUGCAUAUGGUUUGUCUGCAAAGGACUUCAGCUUCCCUGAAGGUGAAAACAUCUAAGACGGUGGCACCUGAAGUCCGUAAUUAAGGUUGUCUGUAUGAGAGCAAAUAAUUUUACCGCGCGUUUCGGGUUUUGUACUCUCUGUGCAUUAAGAUUUGUGUGAGAAGCUUCCCACAACCUCCACAUGCUCAUUCCUCCUGUGCAAGGUGUACAGUUGCCCACAAAAGUUUACAGGACUCGGGCAAAUGUGCAACAAAUGUUAAUUUUCGGUCCAUUAGAGCAUGGCACUUUUUAUUUAAUGGGUCACUGUGUACAUCGCAAAAAUUACUACAGACCCAGGCUGAAUUCAACACUAUGUGCCCAAGCUUCCCGAGAACUCACCUUCUUUGCAAAUGCCAUGUCCUGUAAACUUUUGUGGCUGAUAGUACACAUUGAUACUGUCACUUCAGCCUUCGUAUAAACGUAUGCUAUCAACACAGUUUGCAUCGUCUCUUUGUUGUGGUGAAGGUUUGUUAUAUGCAAACCAGCGUUUUUUAUACUUGGGCACCUUUGUUAGCACAUAUGGCAGCUGGACUGUUGAUAACUGUGGGCCUUUCAUUACUUCUUUUUUCCCUUCCUUGAAAGCUGAAGAGCAAGUGUUGAUGUCAACAUGCAAAGUAUUUGUUUCUAGUCUGUUGACUGUAAGUGAUAUUUUUGUAUACACUGUUUUACUAAUUUGUGGGUAUUUAUUAACACCGGCUAACAGCGCAUGCCUUUUGACGUACUUCCUUUUUCAUUAUUUCCUGAAAGAGUUUAUUUUUACUUGGUGUGCAUUGCCCUUUCAUUUGUGAUGGGGGUGAAAAAUAAAGACACAAGGCCAUGAUGCCACACAGUA